UCCUCAUUCCUCCAAACUCCCAAAAGAAUAACACAUUGAAUUCGAGACCUCUUUCAAGGGAUACUACCUACCCACCAGCAUACCUGCACUUCUAUUCUUUGAAAAAUUCUACACGGUAUUCAAAAUGGCAUCUUCAAUUGUCGACCGCAAAUUGGAUCUUCUCUAUUUGAUCUAUUUCUGCUUACAUAUCCCGGUUUUGUUCUUAAUGGAUCUCCAAUCUCUCUAUCCCGUCUCCCUCACCCCAUCAUUCUUGACCGCCAUCAAAAACUCCCACAUCGCCAAUUACAACGAUUUAUUCUUCGUUUCACCACCCAUCUAUUUUAAUCUAUUUGUUUGGUUGGAAUGUUUGAUUCAUUUGCCUGUUAGUUUCUGGGCUAUUGGAGGAUUGUUGAGAGAUUCUCCCCGCAUCCCUCUAAUCCUUCUUCCAUAUGCCCUCGAAACUUUCCUCACCACCCUCGUCUGCAUGCACGAAUACGUUUAUUGGCCCAUUCCACGCUAUCAAAAGGUUGAUUUGACCAAACUUUAUGGUCCUUAUAUUUUGUUGUCAAUUGUAAUGGCCAUCGAUAUGUUCAUUCGUCUUUGGCGUAUUGUUUCUGCCUUUACCGCCGCAAAGAAAGGAAAGAAGAACAUUUAAACGUCUUUUCAUCUCGGAGUCUUCAACCAUUAAUCUUGCAGCCAACCAACCUUUCAGCAAUUCAAUAAAAGCAACUUCAUUUCCCAUUUCACGAAAAAAGCGCAUGAUACCCCAAAGAAAAAGUUUUGAAAGCAGAUUGAUUAUGAAGAUCUCGAGUCUAGGAUCAACAACCUCAACCAGGUUAAGUUGAAUGAGUUUAAUUCAGAUCAGAUUACAUAGUAUUCUAGAAUUUUGAAUAUAAAAAUAUACACACAUAUACAGACGUGCAU